AAUGCAAAGGGGGCCCCCACACAAGCUAAUCUACAUUUCAACAUGGAGAGUCACGUUUUCGCAGCAAAGAGGUCAUGCUUCCAGCAUUUUUUCCCAGCAAGAAGUUUCAAUCAAAUUCCAUUACAACACUAAAUCAGAAAUUCACAAGUUUCAAUCUGCACCCUUCAUUCAAAUAUCAUCAAUGGUCCAAGUUCUUCCCAAAACAAUAUUCACACGGAUUGCCUUCAAGUGGGGAUGAAAACACAGAAAGCGUGAUCGAAUUUUCCCUCUCAAUUUCACUCUCAAUUUGUCACACAAUCCUCACCACACUCUCUAUAAAUAAGACUUCAUACACACUAAAAAGGGGAGGAGAAAUGAAUACCGUUAUGCUGCCAAAAUCUCCACAGAAAAUUCUCCUCCAAAACUUGAUCAAACCUUCAACCUGCAACUCAUAAUCUUUUCACAAAUUUGCAGAAUCUCACGUUCAUAAAGCUGAACCAAACUUCACCGCUUCCAUCAUCGUCAUCCAUAUUUUCUCACAAAACCUUUCAAUUUCAUCAAUUCAUCACCCUCAAACCGAUUCCAUCGUAUCAUACAACAAACGAUUGCAUCGGUGAGAAUUUCGAAGCUACGUGAAUUAACUCAGCAAGCAACUUGUAUCCAUUCAGAUCGAAUCCAUCACGUUUCAUCUUCAACAUUACGCACCGAGUUUGAUUUCAGAUCAACAAUAACACCAACGGAAGCGAAUCAACCACAUGCAGCAAAUCCGGUACAUCGAGUUCUUCGGCGAUUGAGCGUUUCCUUCAGAAAUUGAGUGGUUUCUUCAACGAUUGAGCGAGUUCUCGGAGUCAAUUCGAAGUAACAGCAACAUCACGUCCUUAUCACUAUUUUCCAGAAUCAAAGUGGAGCAGAAAGAGUGGCAUACCUAUCUCUGAUUCUUGUUUGCAUCACGAUUUUUAUUCAAAAAUUUCCGGCGAAGCCUCCUCGCCGUAGUUAAUUGUUGACCGUCAAGCUGUUUCCUCAACACCGCUACGGAACUAGAGCUGCUGUUAGACAAAGAAUGGCAGACCAAGAGAAACAUAACAUGGAAGUCAGAAUGGAAAUCGAUGAGUUGAAAUCAGGCAUGAUUAAGCUUACUGAGAUGAUGCAAGUGUUGAUGGCAAGGACUGAUCCACCUCAGAGGACUGUUAUUUCGGAAGUCUCUACUGCUGUUGUUGAUCCUUUACAGGUUCAGAAGCCACCGUCUACUUGGCCAGAAUUUGGGUUACCUGAGAAUUUCUCUCCAACAUAUGUCAAUGCUUCUAUGGUGGGUCAAACUUCGAGGCAGGUAUUUCAACCUCCAGUCUUUUCUGAACCUCCACCUGUUGUUCAUACUGUUGCUCAAGCUGUUCCAGCUCGUUAUGACAAUCCUCUUUAUGACUACCGUUCUGUUGGUUCUCGAAGUGUUAGUCAAGGAGACUGUGGUGAAGUUGAAGAAGUCCGUGAGCAAUAUCAGGCAUUGGAAAAGAGACUAAGAGCUAUGGAAGGAAGAAAUUUCUUUAGUGUGAAUGCUGAUAAUAUGGGCCUUGUUUCAAAUCUUGUCAUGCCUUCCAAGUUCAAAGUUCCUGAGUUUGAGAAGUAUAAGGGGCAUACUUGUCCAAGGAGUCAUUUGACUAUGUAUUACAGAAAGAUGACUGCCUAUACCAACAAUCAAAAUUUGCUCAUUCAUUGCUUUCAAGACAGUUUAAGUGGUGCUUCUUUGAAGUGGUACAUGAGUUUGGAAAAGGGUUGUGUUCAAGACUUCCAAGAUUUAGCUGAUGCAUUCAUGGAACAAUACAAGUAUAAUUUGGAUAUGGCACCUGACCGUCGUCAACUUCAGAACAUGGCUCAGAAGGAAAAGGAAUCUUUCAAAGAAUAUGCUCAAUGUUGGAGAGAAUUGGCUUCCCAAGUUGAACCACCUCUGUCUGAGAAGGAACUGACUAGCUUGUUCAUGGAUACUCUCUCUCCUUUCUUUUGGGAGAAGAUGAUUGGAAGCGUGUCUUCAAACUUCACUGAUUUGGUAACAAUUGGUCAAAGGCUAGAAGAAGGAAUUAGGAAAGGAAAAGUGUCUGUUGCUGCUGAUUCUUCAAAGAAACCUUUUGGGGGCUUCCAAAAGAAGAAAGAAGGUGAAACCAGUGCCAUUGAAAGACCUCGACAAAGAGCUCAACAUUAUGGUCAACCUCAGGUAGCUGUUGUCCAAGUUCCUCAUCAGAAUACCGGUCAGAAUCAGAAUCGUGCUGCAAGGCCUAAAACAGAGUUCGAUCCUAUUCCAAUGACUUAUACUGAAUUAUAUCCUCACUUGGUUCAACUAGGCUUGAUUACUACAAGGUCUUUUACUCCUCGAGAUCCUCCUCCUGCUGGAUUCAGGGCUGAUCUUCACUGUGAGUACCAUCAGGGAGCUGCUGGUCAUGAUUUAGAGCAUUGUUACGCACUGAAGAUUAGAGUGCAAGAGUUGGUCAGGGGAAAGGUGAUAGAUUUCACGGCUCGUACUCCAAAUGUUGUCAACAAUCCUUUUCCAGUUCCUAACAAAUGAAGUUUCAAUCAAAGUCAGAUUCUCUCCUAAAGCCAAGUGUUUCAGACGGGACAGCUCAUCCUUGUUGCUGAUUAGUCAUUAGGCCAUGUUUCUUUACUGUUUGCAUUUCUUUCAAUUGUAAUGUCUGUUUACUUUUCAAACUUGUUUGUUUCCUACUGUUAAUUUUAAAUGAAAUGAGCAUUGCAUGUUUUGAUUCAAUUCUUCUCAUUUACUGCUUUAUUUCUUUCAAAAAAAAAAAACAAAAAAAUAUGUUUCUUUUAUUUAUUUUAUUUACCAUGUUGUCUAUGCAAAGAUUUGAGGGAGGAUGAUGAAAACAAGAUACCCAUAAUUGUUGAUUAGUGUGCUUUUGAAUAAAACCCUGCUGAUGAUGUACAGGCAUUGUUUCAAAUCCCAAACACUGGAGAAAUAAGGAAGUUAAUCCCUUGUCAACCCCUCAGAGCCUUCGAAGUUGGAGUUUUCUUUUUAAAUGAAAAAACCCGCAAUUUUAACCUGGGGAUGGGUAGUUUUCAGUUUAUUCAUCUUUGCAUUCAAAUACAAGAGUUUCAUUCAAGAUACCUUUCAAUAAGGUCGCAAUUUCAAGCUUUCCUUCGCACACGUCCAAGAAGUGUCGAAGACGUCCUUCAAAGUCAAAAGUGAUGAUGAUGGUUCUCCUCAAUUGUUAAGCAAGGCAGUCACUAUCUUUCAAAAAAAAAAAAGAAUUGAAUAAAAAAAAAGUUCAAGAAAAGCCCGCUAAGUCAAAACCUAUGAAGGAGGCUUAGGCAAAAAGUAUAUUGGGGCAUCCCGCUGACUGUAAGUCUCAAAUAAAACAGUUCAGGCAAAAGUUAGGGAAAUCAAAAGA